AUGGCAUCGCGCACCUGCUCUCCCCGGGGCCGCAUCUCCGCCCGGAACGGCUUCGGCAGCGUGGCAAAGCCCUCGUCCCGGCAGCUGCUCUUCAGAGUGCUUCAUGAGUACGGCAGGUCGGGCCUCUACAUCGUCGGCUCGUGCCCGUCGCUCAACUAUCUGCCCGAGGCGCUCGCGCCCUGGAAGAAGGAGGCCGCGGAGCUGUACGAGCUCGAACGCCAGCUGCAUGCCUGUAGCCGCUAG